UCUUCACCGUGUCCUGACGAUGGCGGUCCCUAACACAGAAGAAAGUCCACUCAAGACAUCUGGAUUCUUUUCACGUCUGUUCUUCUGUUGGCUCGGCGACAUCUUCAGUAAGGGUUACCGAAGACGCCUUGAACCUGAAGACAUGUACAAGGUGUUGGAGGAGGACACCGCACUACAGGUUAGCCAGAAGCUUGACAGGAAAUGGAGACAAGAACUUGCCUGUCGAAAUGGAAAGCCAAGCCUUACCAGAGCUAUUGCGCGAUGCUUCAAAUCGUCUAUUCUACAACAUAGCCUUAUCAUUUCCAUUGAGGAAAUCGCGAAGGUUGUCCAGCCAGUGUUUCUCGGCCAACUUCUCAGCUUCUUUGACGUCACAUCGGGCAUUCCU